AUGGCAUAUCGUCGUAGGGGAUUAUCUUCGCUUAGUGACCGGCAAGCAGAGCAGUUUAUUGAAUCUCUGGACGAAGAGAUCGACACGGAUGAAGAAAGUGAUCCCGGGGACGAUUUCUACAGUGAUGUGGAAUAUCACAGCGACUUGGAGGUUGAAGAACUAUUUGAAUCACCAUUCGCGCCAAGACGGGGUAAGAGUACCGCAGCUGAAGAUGCGAAGAAUGAAGGAGUAUACGAUGUAGUCGCCGUGUUGUUGUAUGUUAUAGCGCUGGUACAAACUCGUUCGACGGGGGGCAUGGACUACUGGUACAAUCCCUGUCAUCAUAACAACAAUAAAGUCCCAUCUUUUAUGGGCUACCCAAUAACGAAAGAAGAUAUGACUAGGAUGAAAGAACAACUUAAUACAUCACUUGGAUCUGUACAAGAAUCUGUAAAGAACUUUACGCAUACCAUAUUUGGUGCAACGAUAAAGGAUUUUCUCAACAAUUGGUACAACAUCGGCAUUACUCAUGUUCAGUGGCUGCAUUCUGAUCUUGGUGUUCCAAAAAAGUUCUCCAACGAUUCGUUCAAUCAGAUACUGAAAGAACUAUCCAUGAAAAAUGUGUUGACUGUACAUCAGGCAUUCUUUAAACUGAUGAAAGAAUCGUUUCGGAGGUACAUACGUAUUGCAAAAGCUAUUGAGCGCAUGAAGGAAGACAUGCAAGAUCCGAUAUAUGUUAUCCGAUAUGAACGAGAUCGCCUGGAAUUGCUGAAUCUCAUUCGAGAGGAGGUGCGACAGAACUUGAAACAGGUGCUUUGCGAAAUAUACGAGUGCGUAUUGAAAAUAGAUCAUAAUUUCGUCCAACAACUAAUAAAGGAAGAUGAGAGAUUAGAUAUAAAAUAUGACUACAAUGAUGAGACUAGCCGACAUUUGAGGGACGGAUUUAUUUAUGGCGAUCUUGUCGUAACUCUGGAACAUAUACUACAGUUCAUGAAAGCCUACGAGAAAAUAGAAACUUGAGCACAUCUGUAUAAAACUUAAAACGUGUUCUAAACGUACUUAUCUAGUACAGAUUUGGUGUAUAAAUAGAAUUCUCAAGAGAUUAGAUGACUUUAAAAAUAUGUUUAA